AUGGCAGCAGCAAGAGCAUAUACAAAAACUGAAUUCGAUAUUCAUAUGACAGAUCUGAGCAACACAAAUCCAAAAGUUACAGAAUAUCUCAAGGGGAUAGAAUUUAAAAAGUGGGCAGUUUCACAUUCUUUGAACAAAAGGUACAAUAUUAUGACAUCUAAUACAGCAGAAUCAUUCAAUGCAGCAGUUAACAGAGCAAGAGAAUUACCAGUUACGAUGAUUAUGGAAUACUUAAGAAGCCUUGUUCAAAGAUGGAGCUGCAACAACAAAAAUCUUGCAAAAGGAACUUUCACAGUAUUGUCUACUAAAUAUGAAACUCUUCUUAGAGAAAAUUAUUUAGAAUCCCUACAACUCAAGGUGGAUGGGACAACAGAUGAAUUCAUUUUCAGUGUAGUUGAAUUGGAAGACACUUAUACAGUUAACAUGAAGGAAAGGACUUGCACAUGCAACAAAUUUCAAAUAGAUAUGCUUCCUUGUAAACAUGCUACAGCUGUAUGCUAUGAGAAGCACCAAGACCCACAUGAAUAUUGCUCAAAGUACUUCAGAAAUGAAGAAAUGCUUGCUACAUAUCAAGAAAUUGUAUAUCCAGUUGGUAAAGAAGACACAUGGGAUAUCCCCUCAGAUAUUGAAGAUAUAACUGUCUUACCUCCACUUGGCAGAAUAAAAGCAGGAAGGCCAAAAAAAAGAAGAAUCAAAGGUUCAGUCGAACCAAAGACUCAAAACAAGUGUAACAGAUGUGGCUUUUAUGGGCAUAACCGUAAAACAUGUAGAGGUAUACCAAAAAAAUCAUAG